AAAAAGUAAGUAAAUUAUAAAAUUUUUUAAAAAAUUUUAAAUUUUAUAAUUUACUUACUAUUUAUAAAUCUUUUCAUUUUUAAACAUUAACUUAUAUUUUUAUUCUUUUAUUUUUUCCAUCUUUCAUAAAAUUUAAAUUACAUUUAUCUUACAGCUGAAAUUACAAUAUUUCAGUUCCAAUUUUCUUUUCGUGUCAAAUAUCAUUAUUUCAAGUUAUUAUAUAGUUUAAUCAGGAAAGAUAAAUUCGAAUGGAACAUAUAUAAUACAUUCGGAAUAGUAUUUUGACAUCAUUGCUGCAACAAGAAUAAAAUAUUUUUUAAAAGACGCAAGCGCUGUGACACUAAAUUCCACAGUUUAUCAGACAAGUGUAUUUUUCACUGUUGUAAGUGUUAUUUCACGUGAGGAGAAGAAAUCGCGGAUGGAGAUAAAUAAGAGUAGACCAACAGUACCGAUCGGUUUCUCCGAGGAUGUAAUUGAAAGCGCCGCGUAUUUAGUUGCAGCACUGUCGAAAUUGGGCUUUGAUCUUGAUUGGAUACAAACCAGAAGAGAUCUGUACGCGAGGAUCCAGUAAGAAUGGCUGCCGUUCUGAGAAGAUUCAAAGCCGCACAGAUCACGGUGAUCGGCAAUAAACUACCGUCAUUUGUUACCAGCCGAUAUUUUGCAAGGUCAUCGAUCCGACAGAAUAUCAGCGAAGGAUGGAUAAACAAGCUUUUCGUAAGAAAGAUCGAGCCAACCAAAGAAUCUCAUUCAAGGAUGCUGUCAGAUAAAGGAGUUAUUUACGCCUUGCACACGCACAAUAUUCGACCUGAUUCCAUUGAUAAAUAUUUGGCCAAUUAAAGUCUGAAUUGAAAUUGGAACUUGUUGGUUCAUGGACUGUCUUGGCUGGUGAUAUCGAUCAAGCUUUACAUCUGUGGCGGUAUUCUGGUGGUUAUGAUAGCGUUGAUCGCACACAAGUUGAGUUGUCUAAAGACAAAGCAUAUCAACAGUUAUUCAAAGAAAAUGGCAAUUAUCUGCGAUCACGUUAUUUACAAUAUUUAUUGGCAUUUAGUUAUUGGCCUCCUCUUACAAAACGAAAUGGUUCAAAUAUAUAUGAAAUACGUAGUUAUAGACUGCAGCCUGGUACUAUGAUAGAAUGGGGCAAUAACUGGGCAAAAGCUAUCAAUUAUAGACGUAACAACAAUGAACCGUUUGCUGGCUUCUUUUCACAAAUUGGCUACAAAAAUCUUCAAGCACGAAUGGAAACUCGUGAAAGUGCAUGGAGAUCUCCAGGAUGGGAUGAAUGUGUUGCAUAUACUGUACCAUUAAUCAGAGAAACAUAUUCUCGUAUAUUAAGUCCAACUAGCUUUUCGCCAACAAAAUAAAAUUUUAUAUUCACAGAUCUAUGCAUUUGUAUAAUACAAUUUAUUCUUUGUUUACAUAUUGUAAAAAUAUUUGUUAUAUUACACAUUACGUUUAUAACUGUAUAAAGUAAGCGCUCAAUAUGAAAUUAAUUGUAGCAUUUUGUUGUAUUGCAAUUACUAAAAUGUAUUUUAAUAAAAUUUAAACUUCUUUGUUAUUCUAACGCUUUAUGAUGUAGUUUUAUUGUCAAUUUAAAUAUAUUUACACGUUGAUGAAUAUAUUGAUCGUUGUAUCUUUGAAAAUUUAUAUCCCUUUUUACUAAAAUUCUUUUUUACUACUUUAUUCAUUUAAAUAAUUCAUAAUAAAAAAGGUGGAAA